UUUUUCUGUCUAGAUCAUGUCUGAAAAUGGCCGAUCAAAAGGUUUCGGUUUCGUCUGUUUCAGUGCACCUGAUGAAGCAACAAAAGCUGUUACGGAAAUGAACGGUUCAAUCGUUGGCUCGAAACCACUUUAUGUCGCUUUAGCUCAACGUAAAGAAGAACGUCGCAUGCAUUUAACCAAUCAACAUAUGCAACGCAUCGCAACGGCACGUGUACCGCAACAAAUGCAAUUGCCAUUUCCAAACGGCAUGCCUGGUGUAAUGUCUUAUUUGCCAACACCCAUGGGUCCAUCACAACCGCGAGGCUUCUUUCCACCAACAACCAUGCCAGCUUAUCGACAAGCCCAACCACGUUGGUCAACAACAGCUGCUGCUGGUGGAAUGCGACCACAAGCCGGCGGUCAAAUGAUGGCUAUGCAAAUGCCACAAUCAGCAAUGGCUGCCCAACGAUCAGCCAUGACUGGAAUUGCAUCACGGCCAGGUAUGUCCAUGUCCGCUCGUCCAACACCAGCACCAGGACAAAUGAUGGGUAACAAUCAAGUUCGAGCCCAAG